GACCAGCCCACACUCCCUUCCCCUCACCCCCAUAACCACCUACCUUCCCAGCCAGCCCCACAGCGCCUGGACCAACCCAGGCGCCCCAGCCCACACACCUGCCUCCAUAACUACUUUCCCUCUUGACCAGCCCCACAGCCCCCAGAUGGGCCAAAGCUCCCCCUCCUCCACAACAGCCCACCCUUCCCGCUACCCCCACAACACCCAGGUGGGCCUGGCCUCUCCAACCCUCUUCCCAAUCCUCACAGUGACCGACAGAGCCCAAACAGACCCACGCUCCCCCAUUCCCACAGCCGUCCAAUCUGUGGAGAAGACCCACAGCACCUGGCUAGGCCCAGCCUCUACAUUCCCCUCCUAUGCAACCUCCCAGCCUCCUAGCCAGCCCCACAGCACCCAGAUGGGCCCAGCUCCCUCCCUCCCCACAACCUCUCAGCCUCAGGAUGAGACCCACACUGUCCAGAUGGACCCAGCUCCCUCCAGCCUCGCAAUAGCCCAGCUUUGGGAUGAGACCCAAAGUGCCUGGACCGGAUCAGUUCCCUCCCGCCCCACAACCCCUCAGCCUCAGGACGAGACCCAGAGCGCCGGGACGGGCCCCGCUCCCUCCCGCCUCACAACCCCUCAGCCUCAGGACGAGACCCAGAGCGCCGGGACGGGCCCCGCUCCCUCCCGCCUCACAACCCCUCAGCCUCAGGAUGAGACCCACAGUGCCUGGAUGGGCCCCGCUGCCUCCCACCCCACAACCCCUCAGCCUCAGGAUGAGAUCCACAGCGCUGGGGGGGGCCCCACUCCCUCCCGCCCCACAACCCCUCAGCCUCAGGAUGAGACCCACAGCGCCUGGACAGGCCUCGCUGCCUCCCGCCCCACAACCCCUCAGCUUCAAGAUGAGACCCACAGUGCCCAGAUGGGCCCCACAACCCCUCAGCCUCAGGAUGAGAUCCACAGCGCCUGGCCGGGCCCAGCUCCCUCCCGCCCCACAACCCCUCAGCCUCAGGACGAGACCCACAGCGCCCUGACGGGCACAGCUACCUCCCUCCCCACAACCCCUCAGCCUCAGGACAACACCCACAGCGCCCAGACAGGCCCCGCUCCCUCCCGCCCCACAACCCCUCAGCCUCAGGACGAGACCCACAGCGCUCAGACAGGCCCAGCCUCCCUGUCCCAGAUCAUGCCCCCUGGUGCCCACGUGCCGUGCACCAGCUCAGCAGUUAAUGGUUGUGCCAAGACACCUGCAGCACCCAGGCUGCCAGGCACCCAGACUGCACAGACAGACGCUGCCUCCACGCCGGGCCGGAACCGUGUUGGGGUGCGAGGGCCCCUCUCUGCUCCUGACAGUUUCCUCUUCUCUCCCCAGCUGCCGGCGUGGGAGUCUCUGCCCCCUCAGAUGUCAGGCUGGUGGGGGGCCGUGCUGCUGGGGGGGCGCUGGGGCACCGUGUGUGACGACGACUGGGACGAGAAGGACGUGGCCGUGGUGUGCAGGCAGCUGGGCUGCGGGCAGGCUGUGGAGUCCCUGAGUAGCAGCGUGUUCGGCCCAGGGUCCGAAUCACAGCCUGUCCUGCUGACGGACGUGCAGUGCCAGGGGACGGAGGCGGCACUGGGGACCUGCACGUACACGGAUGCAGGACACCACUGUGAGCAUGACGAGGACGCGGGGGUUCGCUGCCAAGAUGUGAGGCUGGUGGAGGGCCCCCACAGCUGCGCCGGGCGAGUGGAGGUGCUUGUGGCCGGGCGCUGGGGCACCGUGUGUGACGACGACUGGGACGAGAAGGACGUGGCCGUGGUGUGCAGGCAGCUGGGGGCGUGUUCGGCCCAGGGUCCAAGUCACAGCCUGUCCUGCUGA